AUGAAUAGGACUCGGAGAGGUACUACUGAAGCUUCAUCAUCCCGACCUAAUAGACACCGUUCCACGCCCUCAACGAGGAGACAGAGAGCGGCUCCCCAGGAUCACAUUAAGGAUACUACAGAGGUUGAAGAUGUAGUUCCUACUCAUGAUAGUAAUGUUGACGCAGAGGUUGAAGAUGUAGCUGCUACUCAGGAUAGUAAUGAUGAGGUACAUGCCGAGCCUACUGAGCCAUCUCGAGUAGGUCUCAUUGAUCUAUCUUUACUUACUAGCAAGCAGUUGAGACCUUGCAACAGAUUUUAG